CCCCCCCCCCCCUCCCCCCAGUAAAAAAAAAUAAAAGUGUCUGUGCGACUGUCCUCAUAGUUGUGGAGAGAGACAGCCUUGGAGUUCAGUGGAAUGUCUAAAUAACGUAGGUGACUUUUGCAUGUAAUGUUUAUUGUUGUUCAGCUAUCCUCUGCACAUCGUAUUACGAAUCAGUGUUACCAUAGCGAGUUUAAGUGCAAUCAUGCUCAGAAAAAUGCAGACUUGGAUUGAACGUGGAAGUGUGUCCCAUUGGUCCAGGAUGAGAUUCAGGUGAAAAGAAUAUAUAUAUAUCUUUUGCUUUCGGUUUUUUUUUUUUUGGUUCAUUUUAGAAUAUAUAAAUACUUGCAGAGUUCACAGUGGAAAGAAGAAUGUGUGUAUAUAUUUUAUUAAAGGAACAUCCUUCUCUUUGGGGCUGAACAGAAAUAUUUUGCUGGAUAAGCACACGUGAAAGAACACUUUCAUUUUUUUCAGGAAAUGCAGUUGUAACUGACUGCAGCAAUGCAAAUGAACAAAGGAACAUGGUCUAUGUAAAUAAAUAAUAACUUUCUAAAUUCUACAAAUAAAAAAGUGUCUAUUCAAAGUGUGUACAUUAGUGACAGCUGUUUGUUCCAAUAUUCAGGUUGUAAAUGUAUUUUAACUUUCACAAAGAAACUCAUUACCAUAAGUCAAGCUUAAAAAGGCGGUCGCACAUUUUACUUUUUGUUACUCAUGUGAUCCUCAUGUUAUUAUAAUAGAGAUGGAGACCGCUAGGAGAGAGUUAGCAUAUCUUGUAUGGGACAGUAAUGGUCAGUUGAAUGUGUGUCUAUUAAUUUUAUAUUAUUACUAAAAACUGAAAUCUAGUAUAAUUGGAUCAUGUUUUUUUAUGUUUCUGUUAGAGGUUUUUUUAUGUUUAGAAAGUCCAUAGUCACUUCGUGUUAAGACGAUACCCCAACAAUGCACUGCAUGGAUCUGAUGCAUAAAGUGUCCUAUUCACUGUGAGCUGACAGGAAAUAUAGAAUUCAGCCUGUAAACUUUGACCUCUUCCCUUUUCUUUUUGGUUUAUAUUAAUUUGAUCGACUUCCUGUCCGUGUCCUGUUUUCACUCGCCCAUGUUGGCUGAUAUUUACUGGAGUUCAGCACUUCAGCCUGCAUUUCAUCUACACAGCCAUUGUAUUGAAAAAUGAAAGAAAAUAAUAACCAUGCACUUAAGUUGGACUGCUGAAGGUGUCCAUCUUGUAAAUAUGACACUUUGUGCAAAAAGGAUGAAUUUAUUGGAAGGUGGAGGUUUGCUAACAUGUUAAGUUGUCAAGGGACCAAGUGGGUGCAAAAUAAAAACCGAAACACAAUGUACAUAAUGUGUAAAGGAUCAUCCGUGUGCUCCGAUAUCGGCAGUGAUGACACCUCAGUGUAGUGUUGAGAAUCACAAACAUAUCCUUUGUCUCCGCCUCCCAACAAGGGUGUUCCUAGAACGUACGCUUUAGAUCGAUCCCAAAUACAGACUGUUACUAGGGCAAUCUCCACCUAUUUUGGUUUUCCCCAAACGUACAUAGGAUCCUCAGAACACACGCGUGCACACACGCGCAUACACACAUACGAGCUCCUGUUCACACACGCGCUACAAGCUAUUCUGUCAGGAGACUUUAUUUUUAAAGGGAAAGAUGAAAGUGGCCUCAUUUCUGUGUGAAUUAUGUUUGUACAGUGAAUAGUGAGUCGGUAUGACCCCAGUUAUUGUAAAACUUCAACUGUGACAAUGUUAAGAACGCAAAAUAAACAAAUAUAUGACUUAUGGUAUGUAUGUGUUUUUUGUUUUUUUUAAGUGGUUCUUCAGCAGUUCCAUUUGUGGUCUGGCGCUAGAAUGAAAAGACUAAAAUUAUGUUUAUUAAGGGGUAUUCCUUUAGCAGUGCUGUUCAUAUACCCCACCCCCACUAGAGGGCGUUAUAGAUAGGGAUAUCAAGAACAUAGAUUAUUGGCCUAUACUUUGUAUUUACGUGGUAUACCCAAUGGUGUUAUAGAUAGGGAUAUCAAGAACAUAGAUUAUUGGCCUAUACUUUGUAUUUAGGUGGUAUACCCAAUGGAUAAUGGAAGCACAGUGGGAUAUGGAAUAUGAUAUUCAUCUUGUUACAUUUGUUGUCAACAUACUUUUCUCAGAAACCUUUCAUUGGCUUUUGAAUCCAUUGUAUCUUUGGUUAGAGUGGGACUAUACUCCAAAAGGGACCCUCCUCCAAGACAUACCUCCCUGGACUUCACUAUUCUCUUCCAUUGGUCAGUUUAUAUCUUAUGUUCUUAUGAUCCUGAUAAUUUUUUUACUGAAAUUGAAAAAAGCGAGAGACAGAUUGCUGUCAAGCUUAGCACCACCUCAACCCGACGUUGGGCCUGAAAACACACAUUACGAAGUUGCGUUCCUAACGCAGCCUUUUAUCUGAUAAGCCCCUAUCUCCCCACUGCAGAAGGGUCUCCCUUACGACUUGGACCUAACACAACAACGUCAGCACUGGUUACUACUGGCCUCGUCAAUAACCCUUUUGAAGUUUAAGGAACUCAGCCGUCGCUUUGUCGACAGUUAUCAAAGUAAUCCAAGAAGAACCCCUUAAGAGAACGAUGGAUUUACACACACCCAAUCCGCCUCGACUGGGACGGACAAUACCCUCAGGAUGAAUGGAUAUACAAUCGCAAACUUUCAAAUUUGUGUGAGCCUAAAGGAUGCAUUCAGGGCUAGGAGUGUUCCUGGUCCUGGCCACGUCUAUUGCACAGGGCCCUGUCCCCGGGCCUUGUCUCUGUUCCGCCCUCUGGCCUGCUGGGCUCCUCUUGGUCAACUGUAGCGCCAUGGACCUCGUACAAGUACCUCAGCUACCGUCAGACACUAUAGAGCUCCACCUGCAGGAUAACCAGCUCACUGCAGUGUCUCCGGGCGCAUUUGACAGACUUGCGAGCCUGAGGAAGGUUUCGCUCUCUGGGAAUCGCUUCCACUGUGACUGUAGGAUCCAGUACCUGAGAAACUGGCUUCGACGAAACCCAGCCGUUGUAACCGGCGGCAGUCCCACGUGUGCCAGCCCGAGUUCCGUGGCGCUGAAGGAGAUCGUUUAUCUCGGGGACGAGCUGUUCAGCUGCUGUGCCGUUGAGCAAGGCUGUGGUGACGUAUUGUCUAACAGCCUGCUCGGGGCAAUACUAUGUUGCCUAAUUUUUCUGCUAUUGUGGUGCCUGAGACUGGCCAAGAACUCCACAUUCACCCUGGACAUAGUAAAUAAACAUUCAGGAUUUGGGGCUGACUCUUUGAGAUCCCAAAAACCCAAACACAGAAGAAGGGUUCAGUGCGUCAUCUCACAUGGCAAUGAUAACUUUACCGCCCCCCUCUGGACAGAUGAUCAUGAAACCAGAUACAUAAAUAUGGAUUUAUUACCACAAAUAAUGGAUGUCCUGCACAAGAAACACAAUAAUAAGAUAAAAGCUACAUGAUGUAAGAAUGUAUUAUCAUAUUUUUUCUGGCAGUACAAACAAUGUGUUACAUGUCAAUAUGAUAUGUCAACAAUUGUAAGGUCAUGUAUUUGUUUGGAUGGAUUCUUUGACAAUUUUCCUUGUAAAAUGUGUUCAUCCUAAAAGCCAGUACUUUUUCUGAUUUUUUAUUUUUACUUACAUAACAUGCAUAAUUAUCAAUCACUAAAAAAUAUGCAUGGCUAAUGGUCCACUGAACAUACUGUAAGUCUUUAGAACAUAUCCCUAGACUAUUAAAUCCCAGCCAAUUACAUUUCUGUACAAGUACUAUUACAUAAAACAGAAAUUGUGCUUUAGCUACGCCCACAAAGAUUUACAUAGUUUAUUGGCUUACAUAUAGCAUGUUAAUGUUUAUGAAGACUGACGCCUGUGCACCGGUUAAGGUAUUGAGGAUCAGACGGGGAUACACAUAGUCGGUACAAUUGAAGGACAACAUUGCCAUCUGCAAUGGCAAACAGAUGAGCUUACAGUACACGCUGACAAUCAUGCAUAGUUAACAUGGGUUCAAAUGCUGAAUAAAAAUACAACAAUGAAAGUCAUCUUGACAAUAAAAGGUCAAACAAAAAUAUAUGUUUUGAAUAAAUAUAGUGUAACAUCAUUUGUAACGAUCUAUAACGUAUGACCUAAAAAAAAUACUGUAUGGUUGAAUAAGGCAGUUAUCUAAAACUAGCUCUUAAUCACGCAUUGGCUAACACUGUUGGAUCAUCUGGGGACUACCUACAGAUUGUGUACGAGAAAAGCACUGAAGCACACGAACAAACUAACUGUUGAGUGAAAAGCAAAUCUUCUGAAGUUGUUUAAGAAAGCUUAGAAAUGACAUUAUUUUCUAACAAAUGACUCGGUAAACAAUGCCCACAGUUGUCAGAUUCUACACAUUUUGUACAUGAAGUGGCGAUUCCCCCCCCGCCCGGCCCCCUCUGCCUCUCACUCCACUCAAUUCAAGUCACAUCUUCCAACAAAACCAAAAGUCCUACUAAGGCACAAAGUUCUCCUUGUGGAAGAUGAGAUCGAUGGCCUCAUUCACGUCCAGCACCACAUGAUCGGGCUCCACCAGCUCGGGGUCGAAGCGGAAGUCCCGGUGCCCGUGGAACACGUUCUCUCUGAUGUGCUGAUUGGCUGAGGAGGAGGAGGCUGCCUCAGUGCUGGGGUUGUACACCCCAGUGCAGACGAGCAGUGACUUACAGGAAGUAGCGGACGGUAACGCCAGCUCGCCAGCC